AUGACCAACCAUACUGCAGAAGCAGAGGUCAUAUCGGCCGAAGAGGCCCAGCACUUUCUCUUUGUUAGAGCUUUAUUGAUGCUCGGUCUGAUUGCACUUUCCAUGAACAUCGUUGGUUUUUUGAAGAAGAAGCACAUUCACUAUUUCGGAGAGAGUGCGGUGCUGAUUCUUGUCGGACUAUGUGUUGCAGCAUUCUGGUCAUUGCUCCAAUAUGAUUCUGAAAACACGGCUAUUCAAUUAUCUUCUAAAUUCUUUUAUAUGGCUCUAUUGCCACCGAUCAUUUUUGAGGGAGGAUACACACUGCAACGAGUAGCCUUCUUCAAAAACAUUCUCGUCAUCAUAGCCCUCGCGUUCGUGGGCGCCCUCUACUCAACCUUUAUCUGCUCCAUCCUAAUGUACUUUUUCACCAAAGUAACCGGAAACAACUGGUCAUUCAUCGAAUCUCUAGUCUUUGGCUCCCUCAUUUCCUCCACCGACCCCGUAACAGUGCUCUCUCUCCUCCCCUCGAACGUAGACAAGCGGCUCUACAUGAUCAUAUUCGGAGAAUCAGCACUGAACGAUGCCGUAGCUAUAAUCCUAUACAGAUUUUUUACCGGAUUCGCUGAUCCGACAAUGAGACUGGAUUUCUUGCCAUUUUGUUUAUCAAUUUUGAACGCCGCUGGUGUGUUUCUUGGCUCAACACUGGUUGGAUUGGGACUUGCAUGGGUGUUUGCUAAAAUCACCAAACAUGUCAAGAUGGAUCAUGAGCCCGCUGUAUAUGAGACAGUCAUGCUGUUUGUAUUUGCUUAUUCGAGUUAUUUGGCGGCUGAGAUAAUGGCCUUGACUGGUAUUAUAUCUAUCUUCUUUUGUGGGAUUGGGAUGGCGCACUAUGCGCAUCACAACUUGGAAGAGGAGGCACUUACCGGUGUUCGUAUAACACUCCGCUUCCUAUCCUUCAUGUCCGAAUGUUUCAUCUUCCUCUACCUUGGUCUCGGCCUCCUCUCCUUCAAAUCCCAAGCAACAUACAACCCAUCCCUCAUAAUAUUCGCAUGCAUCUCAAUCCUCGUGUCUCGCACUCACGUAUUCCUAAUCCUCUCAACUGCAAACCUGCUCCCAAAACAUGGCAAACCAGUCCCCUGGAACCAACAAGUGCUAGUCUGGUUUUCUGGUCUUCGUGGUGCAGUCGCUUUCGCUCUUGGAGUUACAUUCUUGGAACACCCUGUAUUCCCUGAUGAUGUAAAAGGCAGUAUAUUUGGAACAACGGUUUUCGUGGUUGUUGUUACGAUUCUGGUGCUUGGCGGUUUGACGCCUUAUAUGUUGAAGUGGCUGAAGAUUAUCGAGCCUGCUGUACCGAAUGCUACGAUUGGUGCUGGUCAUGGAGAGCAUGAAGGUGUUGGAGGAUCUGAACAUCAUGAAGCUGGCAAGAAGAGUAAUGAAGGGUAUGCUGAAUUACAGGAUGAAGAGAAUGAUGACAACGAUCCAGUACAUCAUGGUGAUGCUCCAUUGUUCGAGUGGUUGCAUAGGAUGGAUGCUACCUACAUACGCCCAUUCUUCACAAACGUCCCCGCAAAGCCCGACAGACGAGCCUCUCAAGCAUCACGCACAUCCCGCACAUCUAAAAUCUCCCUCCACCGUCUCUCCCAAGCAUCAAAACGUCCAGCUAGCGUCCUAACCUCACUCCCCACAGUUAUAUCCCAACAAUCUGCACGCGUAGGACGCACCGAUUCACCAACACUACAAAACACGCCCUCAACGGUUGAUAUUGUUACUGAAGUUACAAACUCGUUCAAGAACAAGAGUGAUGGUGCUGUUGCUGCUAGGGUGGUAGCAGAACCUAUUCAAGAUGAUGAGGAUGAAGGGGAUGCAUCUGCUGGAUUUUCCAAUUUUAGGGAAGAUGCUUCGUUGGUGAAGAAUUCUGCUAUGGAAGAUAUUGAGUUGAGUCCUAGGUGA